AUUCGGCGGGAUGGACAAAAAAUGAAACAGAAUGAGUGGAAGAAAUCCACGCGCUGAAAACACAGUACAUAGUGACAGUGGAGAGGGGAGGGUGUGUGAGCAAGGCGCGCAAGGAUAACACUGCUAUAUUUAAGGAUUUUCCAUCUUCACCGUUUUGAGAUCGCAUUGGAAAUAUACUUCUUAGUGUUUUAUAACAACCAUUUUGGAAGGACAUUUUGUGGCGUCUCAUAUUUAUUACAAGGGGCUCUCGGGAAUGUGACUGUACGGAUCUGAAGGUUUUUUUGAGGAAAAAAAGACAUGUCUGUCAGUGGCAUGUGUGGAUAAAUGUCAGCUGUGUGUUCUGAUUUCAAGAAGAUUGCAACAUUGGAUAUUUUGAAGGCGUUUUCCUUUGUAAAUAUCUGGAGACAUUUGACAUGGCCAAUAUGAAGUCCCGGAGUGAAGAUGAAGACGAAGAUCAUCACUCUACGGACCCUGACAGCAGAGAACCCAAGAAUUCUAAAAAGACCCUGUGCAAAAUUAAAUGGUCCCGAGAUGAGGAUGAGAAGCUGAAGAAGCUUGUUGAGCAACACGGAACUGAUGGUUGGAAAUUAAUCGCCAAUUAUUUCCCAACGAGGACAGAUGGUCAAUGUCAGCACCGUUGGCAAAAGGUGCUCAACCCGGAGCUGGUGAAAGGACCCUGGACAAAAGAGGAGGAUCAGAGGGUGAUUGAGCUUGUUCAUAAAUAUGGACCCAAACGGUGGUCAGUGAUUGCUAAGCACUUACAAGGGCGCAUAGGCAAACAAUGCAGAGAGCGCUGGCACAAUCACCUCAACCCAGAAGUGAAGAAAUCCUCCUGGACUCAGGAAGAGGAUCGCAUUAUCUAUGAAGCACACAAACGUCUGGGUAACCGCUGGGCUGAGAUCUCAAAGCUCCUACCUGGAAGAACGGACAACUCCAUUAAGAACCAUUGGAACUCCACCAUGCGCAGGAAGGUGGAGCAUGAGGGUUACUUACAGGAGGGCAACAAGAGCUACAACAGCGAUCCAGGCCAAAAGAAACGUCCCAAAUCCAACCCGACUGUGGAAUAUCCACAUGACCAGAAUCAGCUAAUGUUGAGCGGCCAAUCACAGCCACCCAGGUAUCCAUACAGAUCACAAAGUGGCCAGUGCUUGGAAAACAUCAACGUUCGGAUCUCGAGCUUCAUCUCGCCGUUCCACGACGACCCCGACAAAGAGAAAAGAAUUAAGGAGCUAGAGCUGUUGCUAAUGUCAGCUGAGAGUGAAGUCAGAAGACAGUCGGGGCCCCGUAAUCCAGAGAGCUACUCGAGCUGGUCAGACAGUCUGCCUGAUGACAGUGUGGAGAGUGUGGAGGACAGGGGUGUAGAGGAUGGCCGCUCCGUCUGCAUACCUCUGCCUGUCUCUCCCAGCAAGUUUCUGGCUGCUGAAGCCAGUGCUGUUCUGUCCACACUAGAGACCAUCCCUGAGUUUGCAGAAACCAUGGAGCUCAUUGACUCGGAUCCUAUGGCCUGGAGUGACGUCACCAGUUUUGAUCUCUCAGAGGGCGGCCCCUCUCCGAAGCCCACAAACCCCGCUGAUGUCUGUACAGAAACCCUGGCCUUCCCAAUAAAUGCUCCUACCAUCCCAACAAUGAGCAGACCGUGCGCUGCGGUCAUCCAGGGCAAAUCUGGGACUGUUCCUAACACCUGCAUGAACCGAUUCAGCUCUCCACCAGCCUCCAUCUGCAGAAAGAAGAGAAGAGAGAGAGGAGAUCAGUCUCCUGCUGAAGAAAGAAGCUGUGCUUAUAUUGACAACAGUGGGAACUCUCCAAAACACACUCCUGUUAAAGGCCUGCCGUUUUCACCUUCUCAGUUUUUUAAUGUAUCUGGUGGCGAGUCUUUGAGCCUUGACAAUCCUGCUCUCACGUCAACUCCAGUGUGUGGACAGAAAUGCCUCCUUAACACACCGCAUCAGAAAGAGACCACACCGAAACACCAGAAGGAGAAUGCAGGUUUUAGGACCCCAAAACUCCAUAAGAAUAUUGUAGUACACACUCCGAGAACACCAACUCCUUUUAAAAAUGCCCUGGCUGCCCAGGAGAAGAUGCAUGGGCCAUUAAGGAUGGUGCCCCAACCACUGGCGCUUCUGGAGGAGGACAUCAGAGAGGUCCUGAAGGAGGAGACCGGAGCGGACAUCUUCACACAAGUGCAGAACCAACUUCAGUACAGAUCCUAUGAGCAGAUGGAAGCUCCUGCAAGGAAAGUGAGAAAGUCUUUGGUGUUGGACAGCUGGGAAAAAGACUGUCUGAACGUUCAGCUGUUUCCUCAACAGCAGAUUAACAACAAUGGAACAACGUCUCAGAGUGACGGCCUGCUGACCAGAUCCAUGCUCAUGAUGCCAUUAACAGAAAGAGAGGAGAACUCCUGCUCUCCUGAAUCACUGAAGGAUUCACUUUCUGCUGUUUGUUCACUCAGCCCACAAGGCAAGAGAGAAAACAUGACCCAAAGGAGCCCGCUUUACCAAACACCCACACCGGCCAACAGCGAGUGGGAUGCAGUGGUUUUUGGGAAAACGGAGGAUCAGCUGAUCAUGACAGAGCAGGCCAGGCGUUACUUAAACCCCAACCCGACCGCCUGCAUCUCCAGAGCUCUCGUCCUUUAAACAACACUUCUGCACUCCAGAAACCUCCCUCUUCUCCUCCUCCAAAACACUGACAUUUAACCUCUCAGACAAUCCGCUGUAGAAAACAAAAACACUCACUACGAUGUUUGCUAAACACUCACUGAUAUUAAAUAAAACACACAUGUAGCACUAGAUUUGCCGUACAUUUUAACGUAGAGCUGUUUUUAUCCGUUUUUAGUCAUAAACAGUGCGCUGAGCUUUAAGGGCUGCUUUUUUAAUCAUACGAAUGACAUUUUUAAAGCUCUUUUAGAUGUUUUUAGAGACUGGUGUUAAGGAAAGGGGAGCACUGGCAGUGUUGCACUACUGUGGUUGUUUGUUAGACUGCGGAGCAGAGAGACAGUGUUGAGGAGUAACUGGAUAGCACUUGCGACGUAAUCCGCUCCAAACAUAACAAAGAUUCCAUCCUGAUACUUUAAUUUCAUUUUUUUUAUUCGAGUAGGACACUCACUGAAUGUAUUGUAUAGCGUGAAUCUGCUAAGUUAACGUCUACUGGAAGGUACCUCGCUCAUUUUGUUUUUAUUUCUAUUUUUGAGAGGGUCGUUUCGCUCUAAAGUGAAGGUCGUUGACGUUAAAAUUGCUGACUGAAGUCUAAAUCCAGCAUCUUCGCUGGUUAUCGUUCUCAGUGUAGCCGGAAUCAUGUUUUGGUACUGAUAUCAAUGCGCCCAGUCGCACGUUCCAAGAACAGAUGAGAGAGCGAGAUUUCUUUGCUCAGAGCUGUAGCUUCUAUUUAUUAAAUCUUUACUAAUUUAUUUAUUUCAAAUAUAUAAAAACAAAAAACUCUAAUUAUAUUUCUGUUCCGUUCAAGAUUUGACUACCUUCCAUCACAUGUUUGUUGAUUUCAAAUAACACUGCCACUAAUGUUUUGGCCUGUACAGUAAGCUUAACAUUUUAUGAUUCAAGUUCUGUCCGCAAUUGGUUGACCGUACAAAAUAGUAGCAGCAAGCAGCAUUCAGCCUCCAAAUGUGGGGAAAUUGCACUUUUAAAUGUAUAAAUGUUGGUUUGUCAUUAGUAUCUAUUGUUUUUUGCCCUCUGUAGUGUUUACAUUUUGUUGUUGUGUGAUUUUUAGCGCUGGCUGAAUGUAUUUAAACAUAUCAUUAACACUGACAUGUCUGACAUUCGAAGGGGAAAAUGGCAUAAACGUAGUUGCUCUCUCCCACUUUCUCGCUCUGGAAACAUGUUCGUAAGGUUUUUGCUCGCUGCUACUGGGAGUUACAGCAGAAAUGGACACAUGCACAAUCGGUUGAAGGAAGUGUAGGACAGUUGCUUUGCUCUCGUACGAAGUGAAAUGUUUCGAUGUCUCGAUUUAGUAUUUUAAACUGAGAUGAACCUAUGUGAAAUAGUUCCUGUUUGAUUAGUCUGAAAUAAACAAAAGUGUUAUGCGUUGAGUCGAUUCAAAGUGGCGAAUGGUUUAGUUUAUUUUUCUUAUUGUAAUCCAGAUAUUAAAUAUAAAAACUGACCGUCUGGAUACAGGUAAACACUACGACUUGCUCAUGCGUAAUCCUGCAUGCAAAAUAAAGAGAGAUUCAUUUAUUUUGGCUCACGUAACAUUGUAGAAAACCGCUUGAUGUGUUCGUUUGUCAUAAAUUUACUGUCAGAACGUCUGUCUUGUUUGUUGUUAUUACAUUUUUUGUGUAGAUUUGAGGGAAGCAAGUAUAUGUAGCAAACUGACAUGCAUGAAAACAAGCAGCACUCUUCCACUGACAUGCAAUAUGUUACAUCAUUUCCGCGAAACAAUUUUAACCUGCUUCUUUGAUAUUACAACCCGUCCAAUAGCCAAGUUGUCAUUUCAUUACCUAAAAAUAAAAACAAUAUUCUCUUUAA